GGAAAAAUUGCUGGAAAGAGGAUGUGGGAUUAGGGUGAUGUGGGGGGGAGGGGCACCAGAGCCUACCCUGAGCAGAUCUUUCUCCAUUCUGUCCUCCUGCCUGGGAGAACAGGACAUCUCCUUGAUUAGGCCUGAAGUCCCCUACACCCUCAGCCCCUCCUCAGGAUGGAUGUAGGGCCCAGCUGUCAGUCCCAACAUGGACUCUACCUGCUGCUGUUUCUGCUGGCUCUGCCACUCAGGAGCCAGGCCAGCACCAGCUGCUAUGGAAUCCCAGGGAUACCGGGCCUGCCGGGGACUCCUGGGAAGGAUGGGCAUGAUGGACUCCCGGGGCCGAAGGGUGAGCCAGGGAUCCCAGCAGUCCCUGGGACACGAGGACCCAAGGGUCAGAAGGGCGAGCCUGGCUUGCCUGGCCAUCGUGGGAAAAAUGGCCCCAUGGGGACCUUUGGGUUGCCAGGGGAUCCAGGCCCCAUGGGACCUCGUGGGGAGCCAGGUGAGGAGGGCCGAUACAAGCAGAAGCACCAGUCGGUGUUCACCGUCACCCGGCAGACCUCCCAGUACCCGGCGGCCAACGGCCUGGUCAAGUUCAACUCUGUCAUCACCAACCCCCAAGGGGACUAUGACACCAGCACAGGGAAGUUCACCUGCAAAGUGCCCGGCCUCUACUACUUUGUCUACCACACGUCACUGACGGCCAAUCUGUGCACGCAGCUCUACCACAACCAUGCCAGGGUGACCAGCUUCUGCGACCACGUGUCCAAUAGCAAGCAGGUCAGCUCGGGAGGAGUCCUGCUGCGGCAGCAGAGAGGCGAUGAGGUGUGGCUGGAAGUCAACGACUACAACGGCAUGGUGGGCACUGAGGGCUCGGACAGCGUCUUCUCGGGCUUCCUGCUCUUUCCCGACUAGAGUGGCAGGCUGGCUCCAGCCCCCGGCCCCCCACCUCACUUCCUCUGCUUCCUCCAUCCUCACUCAGACCCUUCUGCACCACACUGCUGACCUCUUCCUCCAAGAGGUCUGCCUGGGUCCUGACCCAGCUUCUUCAGGAACCGCCUACUGAUACCGUUCCUGUGGCCGUUUGCCAAUAUCUUGAGACUGUUUGUUUUCAGGUGGGGAGAUACAUAAAUAAAAAGGGUCACUAAA